GCUAGCUGCCAUGGACUGCACACAUAUAAGAGUACUAUCUCCAGGUGGGGAUGAAGCGGAACUCUUCCGAAACCGAAAGAACUACUUUUCAAUUAAUGUGCAAACGCUUUGUGACAGCAAGCUGAACAUCAUGGACAUCGUAGCCCGUUGGCCAGGAUCGUCACAUGACGCAAUAAUACUUAAAAAUUCAAGAAUAUUUAGCCGAUUUGAAGCAGGGGAGUUCGGGAAUGCAAUAGUCGUUGCCGACAGUGGCUACCCUUGCAAUCGGUGGAUAAUGACACCUUUGUUAAAAGUACAAACUCCGGCUGAGGCGUUAUAUAACGAAUCGCAAAUCAGAACUCGUAAUUGUAUUGAACGUCAAUACGGUGUGUGGAAACGAAGAUUUCCAGUUCUUGCGCUGGGAAUACGAAUGAAUCUCAGGGAAGUGGAAUGUAUAAUCGUUGCAACCGCAGUUUUACAUAACAUUUGCAACUUAAACAACGAUUGUGUCGCACCAGCAGUCUACGAAAAUGAAAUAAAUAAUAUCAUCGAUGCAAUUGUUGAAGUACCCACAAUCUCAACUUCAGGUCGAAAUGACAAUUUAUAUAGAAACCAUAUAAUACAAAACUAUUUCGAAUGCUUGUAAAUUUCUUUUGAUUAUUAAAAAA